AUGACUGCUAGGGAUAAGACUAUUAAAUAUACAUCAGGGUGGGUAGAGUCUCUACUUAAGAGGAGGAAGGUAAGACUCUCUUCUCACAAUGAGGUUCUGGAGGCCAGGACCACACGAGGGUGUCCACAGGGGGGUGUACUCUCUCCUCUUCUCUGGAACCUUGUUGUGGACGACUUAAUUAGAUCUCUCAGUGAUAGUGGUGUAUUCGUUCAAGGAUACGCGGACGACAUUGUGAUACUAGUUAUGGGUAAAUUCAAUAACACGGUCUCCGACCUCAUGAACACAGCCUUGAGGUCAGUUGGACAAUGGUGCACAGAGGUGGGCCUUUCUAUCAACCCCUCCAAAGGGGCGGUUAUCCCCUUCACGAGGAGGCGCGAUCUAAAUGGCAUAGGACCUCUGAGACUACAAGACACAGUGCUUGAGAUGCAGAAUCAGGUAAAGUACCUGGGGGUGGUAUUGGACCGAAAGCUGCAAUGGGGGCCACAACUCCAAAAGGUCAUUGAUCGAGGUAAGUGGUCACUCAUGGCCUGCAGACGGAUGGUGGGAGGAACCUGGGGGCUCAAGCCGGUGCUCAUGCACUGGCUAUUUGUCUCCGUGGUAAGGCCCGCCAUGACAUACGGCUCACUCGUGUGGUGGCCCAAGAUGGACUCAGUGUCGGUGGUGAGAGAUCUGGCUGCCGUCCAAAGACUCGCCUGUCUCAUCAUCACGGGCGCAAUGAGCAGCUGUCCGGGAGCCUCACUGGACUGCCUUCUCAACCUCACUCCGAUUGACCUGCAUGUCAAGGUCACUGCGAGGAGGACUGCCUACAGACUCCAGUGUGAAAACCUUUGGUUGGAUGUUGGAGGAUCCCGAGGUCACUCUCGGAUCACUCAGCAGGUAAGAGGGGAGGUAAUGGACAUGCCCUCGGAUCACAUGCCGACUCGAUUCUUCUUCGCCAGACCAUUCACUGUCCUCCUUCCGUCCAGGGAUGAGUGGAUGUCCGGUGGGAAUCCUCUUCCACAAGGCGACCUUGAAUGGUAUACUGAUGGUUCAAAGGUAAGAAGUGGGACUGGGGCUGGAAUUCAUGGAGUGCAGAACAGGGUGGACAUUUGUCUUCCUAUGGGCACUCACCCAACUGUGUUCCAGGCCGAAAUGACUGCGAUUAUGGUAUGUGCUAGGGAAAACCUGAGGCUAGGCUUCAGGGACAUCAACAUUUCCAUUUUUACAGACAGCCAGGCUGCGCUCAAAGCGCUUGACUCCUAUGAAUUCAAUUCUAAGGUGGUCUGGGACUGCCUUUCUGCGGUAUGUGACCUGGGCAGGCGCAACAAGGUAACGCUCUGUUGGGUUCCUGGGCACUCAGGGAUAGAAGGGAAUGAGGUGGCUGACAGGCUAGCAAAUGUCACGUCAGCCUCAGACUUCGUGGGACCACAGCCUUUCUGUGGAAUCUCUCGUGGGCAUGCAUGUCACUCAGUCAUGGCAUGGGCUCAGGAGGAACACAGGAAAAGAUGGGUUAGGCUUCAGCACCAUAGGGUAAGUAAGCUCACCCUCUUCUCCCCUUCCCAGACGGUCGCCUCCAAUGCCCUACGCUUGGACAGGAGGCGACUCAGACAGAUCACAGGAAUGGUCACUGGACAUGGCUUUCUGAAAUUACACCUGCAUCGCUUGAGGAUCCACAAUGUUGACACUGCGUGUAGGAAAUGUGGGCAAUCAGAGGAGACUGCUGAUCACCUACUCUACGACUGCACAGCUCUGAAUGAGGUAAGGGACAGUACUCUUGGUGCAAUGACAAGGGGCAGACACCUUCCUCAGGAGGAGCUCAUUGACAGGAUGCUGGAGUUCAUUAAGCAACUCAGGUUUGACGGACUCUGA